GUUGAUAUUUGCAAGGGCCUGGCAACUCUAACCUAUGCGAAAUAACCGACCAAAUUGAUUCGUCCGGUUGUUCGUGAAAGAAGGCGGAAGGUUAAACAGUAUUUGUAAUAUAUACUCGGCAAGCAAUUUGAAAAUUGUGAAAGUAAAAAACUACAGGAAAAAUGGCUUCUGGUGUAACUGUGUCGGAUGUCUGCAAGACUACAUACGAGGAAAUAAAGAAGGACAAAAAACAUCGCUAUGUUAUUUUCUACAUUCGCGAUGAGAAGCAGAUUGACGUGGAGACUGUGGCAGAUCGCAACGCCGAAUACGAUCAGUUUCUAGAAGACAUCCAGAAAUGCGGUCCUGGAGAGUGCCGGUACGGAUUGUUCGACUUUGAAUACAUGCACCAAUGCCAAGGCACCUCUGAGAGUUCAAAGAAGCAAAAGCUGUUCCUUAUGUCAUGGUGUCCCGAUACUGCCAAGGUCAAGAAGAAGAUGUUGUACUCCAGCUCUUUCGAUGCUCUGAAGAAGUCGCUGGUGGGCGUGCAAAAGUACAUACAAGCCACUGACCUUUCCGAAGCCUCCCGGGAAGCCGUCGAGGAGAAACUCCGGGCCACCGACCGCCAAUAAACUGUACGAGCACUGUGCAUUGCAUUUAACAAACAAGGCAUGCAUGAAACAGCGAUGGAAACACGUAUCCUGUUGAGAUCGCCAAUUUGUAUGAGAAUUUUCUACAUAAUUUGUAUUUUCAGUAGAAAUAAAGAAUGAAAUAUUUAACUUGA